GUCGUCGACUCCGUUGGAAAACAGCGCCUCAAAUCUCCCACCGCCAGUUUUCAUCCUUCAAGUACCUGUAUGCUUCGAAAAUGGACUUCACUCCUCGCCCUUUGUUGUUGGAAGAGGAGACUCUGGACUGCUACUCUCCCGAUCAGUUCUAUCCCGUCGCUGUCGGCGAAGUGCUCAAUUCUAGUUAUCGAGUUGUGGGAAAAUUGGGGUAUGGUGCGCAAGCUACUGUGUGGUUGUGUCGGGAUGUUAGGGAUCGCAGUUUUGUCGCCGUCAAGGUCUGUUGUACUCGGAAUGGUUAUCAAUCGGCUCGCGUUCAUCAGGAAUUGCAAUUCUACGAGCGCGUCAGUUCGCUCCAGACUACCACAAAUCAUCCUGGCCAAUCUUUCAUUCGUGGUCUCCUCGAAACGUUUGAAAUCGUAGGCCCGACGGGCCAACAUCUCUGUCUGGUGCAUACCCCGAUGCAUAUGACUAUUCGAGAGUUUCAAUGCUUGAAUUCGUCCUGUCGAUUGAACGAGACGCUGUUGCGGUGGACUUUGAGUAAUGUUUUGCAAGCGCUUGCAUUUUUACAUGAAGAAGCGGAAGUUGUACAUACUGAUAUCAAUCCAUCCAACAUCAUGAUGACUGUCGCCGACGAAUCUCUUCUCGAGCGCGUGGAGACGGCCGAAGCGGAAAACGCGUUGCCCAAAAAGGUUGUAGACAAUCUUCGAACUAUAUACACCUCUCACAAACUUGGUCUUCCCAAGGACGGGCUCUGGGGCCAACCAGCUCUGUGUGAUUUCGGAGAAGCUCGCAUCGGAAAAUUUCACAAAGGUCUCAUUCAGCCGGAUUUGUACCGCGCCCCUGAAGUGUUGUUCGGGAUGGAAUGGGGUCCCAGUGUCGACAUUUGGAGUGUCGCAGUUAUGGUGUGGGAUCUUCUUGAGAACAGACACUUGUUUGACGCUAUUCAUCCCGAGAAUGGGGAAAUGUCCGCAACUCACUACGUUGCGGAGAUGGUUGCGUAUCUCGGAUUGCCUCCACGGGAGUAUAUCCAUCGAAGCGAAACCACGGCCAAGGUUUUUGACAAACAUGGUCAAUGGAAAAACGCAGGAGGAGUCGCUAUCCCUUCGCUCUCGCUGGAAAGUUCCAUUACUACUGCUUUUGACGGCGAGAGGAAGCGUUUGUUUCUGGAAUUCAUCAAGUCUAUGCUACAGUGGUUACCUGAAAAGAGAAAAACGGCUUCGGAACUCCUCCGGGACCCUUGGCUGAAUGCGAAAUGUAUUGUUGAGUGAGUGAGUGAGUGAGUGAGUGAGUGCGCAAGGUAGGAGGUAGCUCGGCUAGAUGAGGUACUGUAUACUAUAUGGAGGGAAGGAAAGCCCGCCAAGCUUUCAAAAUUGCCGACGUAGGUACUUACUAGUACCACCUCAGCUGACGUUCUAGACUGGCUUCCAUGUAUUCUACCCACUUACAUGUACUUACCGUUCUUG